UAGCUAGCUGUGUGUAGCUAGCUGAGCCAAUGGCGGUGAUUGACUUCAGCGGAAACUGAAUGUGGAUGCCACAAAUUUCACUUUUUAACCCUUCGCAUAUCCUUCAGGAUGGCGAAUAUUCAGCAGUUGGCAGGUGGUGUUUAUGAUACUACCAGGGGGAGGCCAGGGUCAAGGGGGCAUGCCUGGUGGUAUGCAAAAUGUACCCCCCAACAUGCAGCACAACAUGGGACCAGACAUGGGAGGCAACAUGGGUGGAACUGGCUCUAUGAUGCAUCCUCCUGUCCCUUUUGAUUGUUCAGAUAUAGACUCCGAUGACAUCAGUGUUGAUGAACAAUCUGAAGGUGGUGGAUCAGACAUUGAGAAGACAUACACAAACUUAGAUGGUAGCAGGAGGGAGAUGUUUAAUUCUACUAUGAUCCAGCAAGCGUUUGCCCAGAGCAUAGGACUGGGAUUGGUGCAGCAGGCUGCCCAACAAGCAGCAAGGCAGGCUGCUGACAUGGGUUCCCAAGGUGCUUCCCACAUGCCAUUUCAUGGUCUCCAGAUGCCUCCUCGUGGCCAACCUCCGCCGCCUGCUUCCACAGCUGGAGCACCAACUUCUACAGCUUCCUCUGCACACAAGGGAAGGAAUGAGCAAGCCAAUCAGCCAUCUGGUUGGACUCAUCAAGUCAGAGCUACUCCACCCCCACCAUUCAAUGCUGUCCAGCCAGGACCAGGGAUGUUGUUUCCACCUGGUACACCAGAGCUGGACUACUUUAACUUGCUAUUCCCUGAGUCACUCAUUGAGCAAUUAAUGAUAGAGACAAAUCGCUUUGCAGAACAAAGUCAAGGUGAUAAAGCUAAUGCGCAUUGGCAACCACUGACUCUGACAGAAAUGAAAGCUUAUCUUGGUAUUCGCAUCUAUAUGAGCAUUCUUAGCCUCCCUCAUCAAGAUAUGUACUGGUCCACUGAUUGGCUCUUUGGUAACCUAGCUUGUUCGCAGAUCAUGCCUAAGAAUCGCUUUCAGAACAUCGCAAGGAAUUUUAGUGCUAAUGACAUGACCACAAACCCGCCUGUGACUGCCCCAGAUCAUGAUAAACUUCAUGCUAUUCGCCCUGUUCUGAACACAGUUCUACAAUCUAUCAAAGAAUCGUACAAUCCACACCAGAACAUGUGUAUUGAUGAAACUAUAAUUACUUACAAAGGCAAAUUAGGUUGGCGGCAGAGAUCAGCUGAUGGUUCAACAGUAGGGAUCAAAGUGUGGAUGAGAGCCGAUUCCACUAAUGGCUAUGUGAAUGACUUUCAAUUCUAUACUGGCAAGUCACAGACAGGAAAAAUGGAAGGUGGGUUAGCAGCAAGAGUGGUGCUAGAUCUCACCAAGGAUCUCCAUAAUUCUAAUGCCAUAAUUAACAUGAAAGGAUUCUUCUGUAGUCCUUAUCUCCUGGAGAGACUAUUUGACCUGGGAAUCAGGGGACGGGGAACUGUCAAAGCUGACCGCAAGGAUUUUCCAGAGGCUCAGCUUGGGUCCAAGUCUUUUACACAACAUGGCCAAUCCGCAGUUGUUCAGAAGGGCAAUACCUGCGCAUAUGCUUGGAAAGACAAGCGAGUUGUUCAUGUGCUGUCAACAGCAGAUGAUGCUACAGUAACUGACAAUGUGACAAGGAAACAGCGAGAUGGUUGGGUAAAGCCAGUCCCUUGUCCCCAAGCAAUGUCUAACUGUAACAAAUAUCUUCAUGGUGUAUCACACGCCAACCAGCUUCGUCUUGAGUAUCCUUCCUCUCGCACCUCCAACAAAUGGUGGCACUAUCUAUUCUGGUUCAUCUUUGACACAUGUAUGGCCAACGCAUAUAUCAUCAUGAAGGAGACCUACAUGAAUGCAAACCAUGGCUCCCUGUCUGGUACACGCAAGAUGUGCACCUUGGAGUUCAAGAAGAAUCUUGCCAAGCAGCUGGUAUCAACGCAGAUGAUGACGGGAAAGAAGAGAAAGAGUCCCGAUCGCAACAGCAACUCCCCUCUAAAGGUCAAAUUUAAGAAGGUAAAAUCAAAGUCGCCAAAGAGUGAAAAGAAAGGUGAUAAGAGUGAUAAGAAGGACUCAAAGUCCAAGCAGUCGAGGCGCAAGCGUACGCCAAAGAAAGCCACACUUGCUGAUACAUCUGCAGCUUUGUUCUAUCCCAUGCAAGAUGAUAGUACAGGGGUGCCUGCUCAUGAACUCGGGACAUCUAAUUUAGAUGGAGCUCAAGGAGGACUGUCUAGUACAUCCCAAGAAUGAAAAGCAUCCUGGAUUUUUUGUGGACUCUAUAUUUAAGUGAGCAUGUGUACCUUAUAAUUGAACAUCAGGAAAUUUCAAAUUCAGCUGGUGUUUUUUUUUUCAAUACUUCAUUGUAGACAUGCAUAAUAUGAAAUCUCUGAUUUAUAAUCAUGGCAUAGUACUGUGAUUUCUUUAAAAAAACCUGUUCAAGAUUUAUAAUCAGUAAAUAUUUUCCUAACCUAAUUUUUCCCUGACAGACAUGUAGGGCCUCAAACAAAUCGUAUGUUUGCAUGUGCUUUGAACUUGUGUUAUGUCAAGGGCUGUUUCAUAAAGCUGUUCUUAAAGUAUCUCAUGACAUACAUACAGUUGAGGCCAAAAAAUGACAUAC